UAUGGUGCAUGCAGUAGAAGCUUGUCACACAUUUCAUUUAUAAUAAACAAAACAUUUCAAGAAGAAGAUAAACAAAACAUUGUAUAAAAUAUAAAAUUGUGUACAGUUUUUAUUAGCGCAUUAAUAAUGAGAAAAAUUCUCUUUGCUAUUUUUCUUUUGAUUUUGGCAGGUCAAGGCGAUAGCUUAUACUGUUAUAGAUGUAACAGUAACCAUCCUGGAUGUGGAACACCUUUAAAUUGGUUAUGGUAUUGGGGAGAAACUUGUCCAGAAUAUGAUGACAAAUGUGUGAAGAUAAUUGAACGGAAAGGAGCUGAGACAAUCAUUACACGUGAAUGCCUAAGCUCUGUACGUAGCUUUAGAACAGAUAUUCCUGCAGAUCAUUAUGAAGGUUGCAGACCUGCUGCUAUAGAUGUACGAUUAGGUCAUUAUGUUAAUAAUAGCAUUCAUCAAUUAGAUAUCCAUCGUGAUUAUUAUGAUGAAGUUACUUGGUGCUUCUGUUACUUUGAUCAUAGAUGUAACAGUGCACAGACUAUGACUGUUUCAAUAUUGCUUGUAAUUUUAAUAAUUGCUAUGAAAUAUUUCAUAUCUUGAGAUUAUUGUGCAAUAUCUUGCUCAAUAUUUAAAAGGACUUUUUUAAAUAUGGAGACACCUUAUCUGUCAUUACAUUAUGUGACAUAAUUAUAAUAAUACUUUUUUACUAAUUUGAAUGUGAAAAUUUUAAUAUGUUGAGGCUAUACUUUUUAAAUGGAAAACAACUGAUAAUAAAUUAGUAAUAUAGUUAACAAGUGAAUAAUAGCUAAAAUUUAUAUUUGGUACAUAAAAUAUAAAGGUGAUACAAAGCUGUAAUUAAAAAGCAUGCAAGCUGUGUCAUCUUUUUUUAAUAUUAUCAUUCAAAAUUACAUAUACAAUGACAGUAUAGAUUUAUCUUUACUAAUUAU